AUGGUAAGUCGGAAUUUGGGAGUUGGAAUGAAAAAUCAGGUUGAUGGUUGGAAUGCCAACUUUGAGAAGCAAUUGACGAAAAUAGAGGACCUCCCAAUUUCCCUACUGUUGGAAAUCCUGUAUCGGCUGGAUCUGAAAUCCGCGAUGCGAUGCAAGUCUGUGGCAAGACAAUGGUGCAAUCUUAUCUCUGAUCCCUCUUUUGCCAACAACUUUGUUAGGCUCCAUGCAUCUUCAGUUAUGGAUCGUCCCUUUGCCUUGCUCCUCAACUACGUUGAUAAGCAGAUAAAGAAGAGACACCUCCUCGUGACAUCGGAGGAACCGGAAUUUAAAUCUCUGACUUAUAUACCACCAAUAUAUCAGCAUGAUAAUAUUGAGGUCACUGUUCAAGCUUCGUGUAAUGACUUGCUAUUAUGCUGCGCAAACAUGGUUGGCAAUGAUGCGGGGUCUGGUCCUAUGAGCGAAUACUAUGUGAUAAAUCCAAUUAGUAGGCAAUGGACUGCCCUGCCUCCCAUGCCUCAACUUGCAAGGGCUCGGGUUGGGUUCAUAUGUUGGUAUGACACUGCUCUUCAUAAGCAACUUAGUUAUAGGGUGAUGCGCAUUCCUGAAUUUAAGGGUGAGUCAGCAGAAUUCGGUGUAGAGAUAUUCUCAUCCGACACAGGUAAAUGGACUCAGUCUGUGGGGUUGUGCCCGCAAGGAUUUCGGUUGGAUGUCUUUGCCUUCCCCGGUGUUCCCUAUAACGGUUUGCUUUUCUGGUGGAGUAGCACUGAUUGCCUUGUUGGGUUUGAUCCAAACACCAGUAAAUGCUGCCAAUUCUUUGAGAAGCCCGUAGAAUUGAACCCAUCCCAUGGAAUUGAGCGUCUUGGAGUGUGUCAUGGUACCUUGAGGAUAUGCCAGAUUUCAGGUUACCCUUAUGAGGUUGCUUUUGCUGAUCCUUGUUUACGUGUUUGGGAGCUCAAGGACUAUGAUGAAGGAGGCAAAUGGAACUUAGAGCAUGAGCUGUAUUUUGACAAAAUGGUUUCAGAAAAAUCUCCUUGGCUCACAGAAUACCUAAGCAAGAAAUAUCCAACUGUGGCAGUCUUAGCCUAUCAUCCAAAUGAUGGAGAAAUUGUGUAUUUGAUGAUUAAAUUUAAGGUGGUAUCAUGCAACUUGAGGAGAAAAACACUGGAAGUGGUCUGUGAUAUUCCGACUGCUGACUACUUUUACCAUGGCUGCAAUGUCUUCACCUUUGUGCUCCCUUGUUGGCCAACUCCCAUUCCCUUUCAGACGGAGAAGGCCACCUAA